CUCCUACUCUCUCCCCCGCAGAAAGCGCUUUACAGACUGACCUUUUCCAACAGUUCACGUUACCGCAGGCAACUGCGCCGUUUGACAGAAAAGGGCAAACACCUGACGUCGCUAUUGCGUACACCUCAGUCACCGAACCUCUCUCUACAACCAGCUGAGGAACCGGCGGCUCAGGCGCAAGCGCAGUCGAAACUCCGGAAGCUAGUCGGCAGAAGAUACGCAUGCGUCGCUCCGCAGCUGACUAGAGACUGGAAAAUUUUUGCUGGGAGAAAGAAAAGCAGCAUCAGCCGCUGAAUUCUGAAACCUGGCAAGAGGUCUACAAGUGGAGUAUUGAUACAAAUCAUGGAUAAUGCAGAAGAGGACUACAUGUCUGAUUCCUUUAUUAAUAUUAACCAGGACAUCAGGCCAGGAAUGCCAAUGCUGAGGCGUACAAAGGAAGCAUUUAAAAAAGAAGAAAAACAAAAAGAAGCUAAUGAAAAAAGUAGGCAAAAGAGUAUAAAAGAGCAGGAGAAAGAACAACGUGAUACUGUUUUAAACAUUGCUUUGGGAAACGAGAAUAAAGGCUUUGCUAUGCUUCAGAAGAUGGGUUACAAAAGCGGCCAACCUCUUGGCAAAAGUGGAAAGGGGAUUGUUGAGCCCAUUCCUCUAAAUAUUACCACAGGUAGAAGUGGGCUUGGCCAUGAAGAAGUAAAAAAACGGAAAGCUGAAGAAAACCUUGAAAACUACAAGAGAAAAAUGCAUAUGAAAAAACAAACAGAGAAGCAGACGGCUAACCUCUUCAAAAUGAGACUGAAGACCAAACAGGAGCAAUUGCAAGUAAAACGAGACCUUGAGAAAAGUCAGAAAGCCUGUCAACAACUAGAUAUGCAGAAACGCCUAGAAUUCCCUAAAGAGAUUUGGUUCUGGUUAAGGCCAAGGGAGGAAAAAGAAGAUGUGGAUGAGGAUGACGAGGAGGAAGAUGAGGAAAGUGAGCACAAUGAAUCAGAAAAGCUGCAGAUGUUGACAGCAUAUUUAAGGGAAGAAUAUCUCUAUUGCAUUUGGUGUGGAACAGCCUAUGACGAUAAAGAAGAUUUAUCUUCAAACUGCCCUGGAGACACUUUUUUAGAUCAUGAAUAAUUUUCUAAAAGAAUAGUUUCAGAAUUCCAUGAGAUCAACUAAGCUACUAAUUUAGAGGACUGCAUAUUUUUUGUACAGAAAAAGACUUUGUGAGAUAUUUAUAUAUUUAACAAUGGUGUUUUAUGAACUCCUGUUCAUCUGGAUAUAAAGGAGCUCUUUCCCAA